AUGUCUAAUUUUAUACGCCAUACGUACAAGUUAUUUGUUGGUAACUUACCCUGGACUGUUGGCCAAAAGGAGCUGCAAACUUACUUUUCCAAAUUCGGUCAUGUCUCGUCGGCUGCCAUCGUUUAUGACAAACAACAAGGCUUCUCAAAGGGUUAUGGUUUUGUAACCUUUAGUGCUAGCGAUGCCUAUAAUAGUGCCUGUAAUCAAAAUGUGCAUUUCUUGGAAGGACGUGUACUUAGUGUUAAGGAAGCAAAUAAUAAUUAGUUUAUUAUUAUGAUUUAAUAGAUAAUACCAUCAAAAUGUAAAAAAAUAAAAUAGUUCGUAUGCAA